AUGGCGGCCGUCUUCACUUAGGAGAGUUAUCAUUCCGCGUUGAGUAUCGCGCGAUCGUUGAGAUUUAGAGGAUUUCUAUGUGUCUCUUAUCGUGCAUUUGAAGAAAAUGAUUAUAGAGAAUCCCGAACAAUUCAAGGCGUGGCUCACCGCCGUCUUGGAGCCAUUGUGCGAUGCAGAUCCUGCUGCAUUGGCUAAAUAUGUCUAUGCUUUGGUGAAAAAAGAUAAGACUUUGGAAGAAUUGCGGGGUGGUAUGGUUGAACAACUUGAUGUAUUUUUACAACAAGAAACCAAGAACUUUGUCGAGCUGUUAUUCAAGACAUUGGAAACUCAAGAAUAUAUAUUGCCACCUACGAAAGGAGUAACCGAACGCGGAACAACACCACCUGGUUUAAAUCCACCUCCACCUCCUCCAGUUGUGUCUGAGAAGAUUCCAGAGAAUAUAAUUCCUGUAGCUCCAGUGACGAGUAGCCCUCCACCUGCUGUUCAAGUGAAUGGGUCCGCACCUAUAACUAUCUCUAAACGUGAAACUAGAAAAUCGGAUUCCGAAAAAGAAGAUAAAGAAAAGGAGAAACGCUCCCGUAGCAGGAGUGGUCGUAUGCGAUCAAGGACUAGGUCGAGGUCACGAUCCUGGGAACGCGAUAGGCGUAGGUCACGGAGUAGAGAACAUGUUCGUCGUGACAGGGAACGAGAUAGGAGUCGGCCAUGGAGGAAUAAAUCUCCACCUCUUAAUACGAGGAGGCAUGAUAGACGGCGCACUAGAAGUCGAAGUACGUCUCCGAUACGGUCAAGAGUUCGCGAUGCACCAGAAAAUCGUGAUCAUAGAGCACGUUUUCGGAAUAGAUCACCGACUCCUUUGAGAUCCAGGUCACGAUCAAGAUCGCCGGAUCGUAAGAAAGCGGACCGAUCGGAUAGGGCGGAAGUUGGCAGGACUGACCGAUUGGACGACAGUCCUGGUGGUGGAACACCAACUCAGGAUAGUAAUCAUGGGGAUGUAGAUAUGAGAUUAUCGACGACCAGCCAAUCGAUCCAAAGCGUCGUGGCGGUCGCAUCUAAUAUUCCGAAUAAUCAAACUGGACCUUUCCAAAUUAAACGACGUUGCAGAGACUUUGACGAAAAGGGAUACUGUAUGAGAGGAGAUCUUUGCCCAUACGACCACGGGGCGGACCCCGUAGUGCUGGAAGAUGUAGCUUUAAGUCGAGUUUUGACAUUCGGUCCCCAUGGAGCUCAAGCUCCAGGAACCGUUCCGGUUACUGCUAUACCGGAACCCCCUCCAGGGCCGAAUGGUAAUGCUCCACCACCUCACCUUCCAUUGGCGAGCUUACCGCCGCCUCAUCUUCGAAAUCAACAUCAUUCCAAUAUGGAUGCUUUUGCGGAAUACAACCCUGACGCACCAAGCAUGGAGCCCCGUAUGACAUGGGGCAGGCACCCGCCAUCCGGACCGGGUAUAUAUGGACGAGGUCAACGAGAACUGAUCAGCGUGCCGGUGAUUCCUCACACGAAUCCACCGGAGAUGACCCACUCGCAGAACAAUCCUUUGAAGCGCAAGCAAGCAUUUGAUUUCAAUCGCCUAGGGCCGAAGCAGCGGGCAGUGCACAAUCCCGCUAACUGUUCGCUCGAACUUAAGAAAGUCCCGCGAAGCUUGAACAAUAUUACGCAAUUGAAUAAUCACUUCUCCAAGUUCGGGAAAAUUGUAAAUAUCCAAGUGAACUUCGGUGGCGACCCCGAGGCGGCAUUAGUCACUUUUCAAUUACCUGCUGAAGCGAAGGCUGCUUACAGGAGUACAGAGGCUGUGUUGAACAAUAGAUUUAUUAAAGUGUUUUGGCACAAUAAUGUUAACAAUAACGCUGCUGGCGGAGCGAUCGAGAACGUACCACCUGGUAGGUUGAUUGAGGAUAUGAAUUUUCCUUUCGCUUCUCGAUAUCUUGAUGUUAAUGAAUGUUCAUCCGUGCCAGGUUGUCGACCAUCCAUCAAAGAGCGGUUAGGUGCGGCAGUGACACUUCCUACGAAGGCCGAUGAGAACGAGUACGUUCCCACGCGUCGGUCUACCGAGGAGCAGACAACGCAACCCCUAGUUCCUGUAUCACCGAAGGCCGUCACGGCACAAACGCGCGAGGACAAGGUGCUCGCCAUUAAGAAGACCCAAGAGAUGCUGGCCGCCAAGGAGACGCUCAAGAAGAAGCAGGAGGAAAAGCGGAAAGAAGCGCUCAAGUUGACCGCUGACUUGCGUAAGAGGAAGCAGGAACUAUUGGACAAGCAGCUGGCGGAGAUUCGCGCUCUUAUCGAGAGGGCUGAGAAAAAUCCCGAACAGAAGGACGCCAUUAUGGCGACGAUAAAGACGAUGCAACAGUCCAUCGACAGUCUGCGUAAAGAUCUGGCCGCGAACGGCCAAGGUGGAUCCACGAAGCCGCAGGUGAAGUCCAGAGAGCAGGCGCAGAAGGAGAUCUUGGACGCUGAGCUGGACCUCAUCACCGCUCAACAGGAGGGCCAAGACGCGGGUGAGUUGCAGAAACGGCUCAACGAACUCAAGGCCCAGGCUGCGAUUCUUGGCUUGAACACCGGCCCUAAUGCUGGUAGAGGUGCCAGACCCAGUAGGGUCAUACGGGGCAGCCACGUCUUGUCAUACAGGGGUCGCGGAAGAGGAAGCUUCGCUCACGUCUCGGUAGACCAUAGGCCUACGAGUCUUCUAGUCUCUGGAUAUGAAACCGAGGAGAAGGCUGAUGUUUUAGCCCACUUUCAGCAAUUUGGCGAAAUAGUGAAUCAAAUAGUUGACGACGCCACGCCGUCCAUCGUGAUUAAUUUCAAAUCAAGGAAAGAAGCGGAGGUGGCCUUGGUUAAAGGGCGCACGUUCCAGGAUAGACUGCUAUCGGUUACUUGGGUCUCCGGACACCAUUUACACCGUGGCGGUGGUGGCGCUGCAAACUCAAAUACAUCCGCGCAAACUUUGGCCACGCGAUCCGAACAAGUUUCAACUGCUGCAGACGAGGAAAUCGACUUGGAGGGUGCAGCAGAAGCUCUACUUCUGGAGGAAAAUGAAGAGGAAGAGGACGAGGAUGGGGAGCCGCGCAGUUGGCGACGAUAGCAGCGCCAUUUGUGACGAAUGUUUGGUAUCUGAUUCAGUCACAAGGGGCACCGUCUGGCCAAGUCUGUGUAUAUUAAGUACUUGCGCUACCAUUGCACCGGCUAACGUUGCUAUCGAGACCUCAAUUUUGAAGAUGGAAUCAGGUUGCGAACACAUCAACGUUAUAUGAGUGUUAUACUAUUUGUUAUAUUAAAUAUACCAUGCGCACUGUAACGGUACAAAGUGGUACUGUGUCGACUUGCGCAAUGAAAAGAAAGAAAUAGACAACCACUAUGCCAGUUUUCAGAAAGGAAAAAAAGAAGAAGAAGAAACGAAAAAACCACUAACCAAAAUUAUCCCAUUAUUUGUAGAAUAAAAUCGCUAUGUUUUGUAUGGGAAUCUCUAAUUCUUAUUCUGACUUCAAGUCCUUUUAUUUCGCGAAUCGAAUUUUGAGCAUUAUCUCUUUAUACGAAGACCGACGUAACUGUAGUCAAGUUUAGAAUAAGUAGGAGCCUGUAAUUCUAGGAAUUCUUUUUCAUGCGGAAAUAUAAAAGUUUAUUUAGAAUUCGUAUAAGCCAACGCCUGUAUUUAUUUUUAUCGUUUCGGGCAUUUUGAAAUAUGAUGCUAACUGCGCGUUCAUUCAUUUCCGAAGUUUCAUUGUUACCGUCGGUUAGUUACUUAGGACAUUUUUAUAGUAAUUAAUGUGUUGGAAAACAAGUUUUUUCUCUCUUUUCCUGAAGAAAUGUUAAAAGGGCAGGCAACGAAGCCCUUUCUAAAGUACUUCAACAAAUAAGUUGUAUAGAUUCGUUCGAUAUCUACCAGAGAGAUAAUAUAUUAUUUUCUAAUAUUAUAUACACUCAUUUUACAAAAGAGGUAAGUAUAUUAUCUCAAAUAAAGUACAGAAGAAAUUACAUUUACAAGAAAUGUGUAAGAUACUUAAUCUACAUAAAGCGUCUUUGUUGCUACAUUAAUGAUUUAACUUCUUAAAUGUAUCAAGUCAAAACAGAUUUUUUAAUAGACAAGGUAUAAAGUUACAAUUAUUUAUACUGGAAUUAAGCACUACUAUUUCGAGUGUAAUCAGCAUAUUUUACUCUAUCUUAGGCUAUUCUAAAGCAGAUGGUUUUGUAUAGAUUUUAAUAUUACUAUUCUAAGGCGAAUGGUACCCCAUUCUCAAUAAGCUCUCAAAGAUUGGAGACUACAUCACGAAUUGAUCUAAACGAUGAAUUAUUUAAUCGCGUAUGUAUGUAUAUACGUGCGGUGGGUUGAGAAAACUGAACAAAAAAUGCGUAUUUUCAAUAAGUCUCAAAGACGGCAAAUAGGUUGACGUGCUCAAAACGCUAAAUAUAUGUAAUAUAGAAAACUCGUUAACCGCACGAAUCCGCAUUAAUGAAUUAAUCAGAAAAUGCUGCCUUUCUGUCGAUAAUGGAUCCUCUGCAUUGUUUCGUUAGACUGUGAUGUACUUUUACUAAUAGCUCUGACAAUACAUUGUCUUUUCAUA